CUUAUGGGGACUAACAUUUUUCAGCUUUACUUCAAUGCUACAAUUCCAUGUCCUUUGACCAUAUUUGUCUUGGCUAGCUUACUGCUUCUCCAGUUUCUCUCCAUAUUUAUAUAGUAAUACUAUUUCUUAUUUAUUAACCCAUUCAAGUUAAGCUCUAGUAGUGGUUUACAACAUUGUGUAUACAUUAAGAAUAGUACUAGAAACUAAAGCAUAUAAUAGUGUGUGUGUGUCUGUGUGUUUGUGUGAGCUGGGAUUUAUCAAGAUUCAUCAAUCUUUUUCACAUUUUCAUAGUGUGUGUGUUUUGUCACUUGGGGUUUUAUCAAGAUUCAUUUUUGGUCAAUAUCAGUUUGUGAGUGUGUGAGCUGUGAUUUCUUUUCUUCACUUUCAUAGUGUGUGUUUAGUGUGUGUGUGUGUGUGCAUUUUUGUCAACUGGGGUCUAUCAAGAUUCAAUUUUUAUCCCAUUUUCACAUAUUUUGUGUGUGUGUGUGUGUUGUCAGCUAGGAUAUAUCAAGAUUCAUUUUGUCCCCAUUUUCACUCUGUUUGUGUGUUUUGUCAGCUAGGAUAUAUCAAGAUUCAGUCUUUUUCCCAUUUGAGUUAGUGUGUUCAUUUGUGUGUGUUUUUGUCAGCUGGGGAUUAUCAAAAUUCAAUCUUUUCUCCAUUAUCAUAUUGUGUGUGUGUAUUUUGUCAGCCAGGAUAUAUCAAGAUUCAAUUUUUUCAUAUUAUCAUACUGUGUGUGUUUUGUCAGCUAGGAUAUAUCAAGAUUCAAUUUUUUCACAUUCUCAGUGUGUGUGUGUUUUGUCAACUGGAUAUAGCAAGAUUCAAUCUUUUUACUAUAUUCACAUUGUGUGCAGUGUGUGUUUUGUCAGCUCUGAUUUAUCAAGAAUCAUUUUUUCCCCCAUUUUCACUGUGUGUGUGUUUGUUUGUUUUGUCAACUAAUAGCUUUUCAAGCUUCAAUUCCCCCCCCCUAUUUUCAGUGUGUGUGUGGGUGUGUUUUGUCAACUAGGAGCUUAUCAAGAUUCAAUUUGUUUCUUCAUUUUGAUACUGUGUGCAUUUCUUUGUGUUUUUUUGUCUACUGGGGUUUAUCAAGAUUCCAUUUGUUUCUUCAUUUUGAUACUGUGUGUAUUUGUGUGUGUUUAUUGUCACCUGGGGUUUAUCAAGAUUCAAUUUGUUUCUUCAUUUUGACACUCUGUGUGUGUGUGUAAAGCUUAUCAAGAUUCAAACCCCACCCCCCACCCCACCCCAUUUUCACAGUGUGCAUUUGUGUGUGUGAAAAUGGUGAUGGAAGGGAUUCAAGAAGAUAUAGGUGAUGGGAAUAUGCAAUGUAUGAGCCACCCUUAUAAGAACAGUUCCCCAGGUGGGAUCUGUGCUUUUUGCCUUCAAGAAAAACUUGGAAAAUUAGUCUCUUCCUCUUUAUCUUCUUCCACUUUCCCCUCUUCUGAUUUUGUAGCCACUUCUUCCAAAACAAAUGACAAAAACACCACUGAUUCUACUAACUAUCAUCCUUAUGAAAACAAUAUUAGGAAAUCAAGAAUGCAUUUUUUGAAGAAGAGUAGUAAUGGUAAUGUUAAUAAUAUGGCAAGUUCUGGUUCUGGUUCUGAUUCUGGUGUUGUUUUUAAGAGAAGUAAGUCUACUACAACUCCUAGAAAUCAUUUGCAUUUCUUGGAAGCUAAUGAAAGUGAAGAUUAUGGUCCUCAUAGAAAAGGGUUCUGGUCAUUUCUUCAUUACUCAUCCUCAAAGCAUUAUUCUUCCACAGGAUCAUCGAUGAAUAGCUCUACGAGAUCAAGGGAGAAGAAGAAAGAAGAGAUUGUUGUAGUCUAUGAGAAUGCGAGUCCUAGUGAGGCUACGUUCAACAACAAAGUUGCAAGAUCAAGAUCUGUUGGUUGUGGAAGUAGGAGUUUCUCCGGUGACUUAUUCGAAAAAAUCUCCACCGGCUUUGGAGAUUGCACGUUGAGAAGAAUCGAGUCACAAAGAGAAAGCAAGCCAAGAUUUUCAUCUGUUCAUCAUAAAGAAAGAGUCAACUGCGGCGGCAUUUUAUCAUAUUUAGUUUCAUCUGAAGUUCAUAAUAUGAAUGGAAAGUCUCACCAUACUUCUAAUGGAAGGAGUAAGAAUUGGGGAUGGGCAUUAGCAAGUCCAAUGAGAGCUUUUAGCAAAACAUCAUCAAGUGGUAAAAGAGAAGAUUCAAAUUCAAAUGAUGAUAACAAGAAUGCUACACCAAACUUGAAUGCAAUUCCUUCUUUGUUGACUGUUAGCAGCUAGUGAAAUGAUUCAUUAAGUGAAAGACGCUAACGUUUUGAGAAGACUGGGAUUGGAGCUAUGAUCUAGAAAGACAGAUUGUAUCGCGCUGAGAGCGACGUUAGCUACUACUACUGAUACAAUUACAUAAAUUUGCAUCAUUCUUGUGUAGAAACUAUGUUUAUUUAUCUGGGUUUAUUAGUUAAUUUCUCUGUUCCAGCACUUUAACUGUUAGAGUUCUUUGUUAGGUCCUGUGGUAAGGUUGAUGUGGCUUUUA